GCCCGCCCGCCCGGGACCCAAACACCGGCGCCUGCAGCGCGGCCGCGCGUGAUCCCGGCGCCGCCCGCCCCCGACCCGGCCGGCCGAGCGAUGAUGCUGCUGCUUGUGGGCACCUGCCUCGUGGCGUUCGUGCUGCUGCUCUACAUGCUGUCCCCGCUCAUCAGCCCCAAGCCCCUCGCCCUGCCCGGCGCGCAUGUGGUGGUCACAGGAGGCUCCAGUGGCAUUGGAAAGUGUAUUGCUAUCGAGUGCUACAAACAAGGCGCAUUCAUAACUCUGGUUGCACGAAAUGAGGUGGUGCUUUGUAUAUCAGUUGAUGUAUCCCAAGACUAUAGCCAAGUGGAGAAUGUCAUAAAACAAGCACAGGAGAAACUGGGCCCAGUGGACAUGCUUAUAAACUGUGCAGGAAUGUCAGUUUCAGGAAAAUUUGAAGAUCUUGAAGUUAGUACUUUCGAAAAACUGAUGAGCAUUAACUACCUGGGCAGCGUGUACCCCAGCCGAGCUGUAAUCACCACCAUGAAGGAGCGCCGGGUGGGCAGGAUCGUCUUUUUGUCGUCCCAGGCGGGACAGGUGGGACUCUACGGUUUCACUGCCUACUCUUCGUCCAAGUUCGCCAUCAAGGGUUUGGCUGAAGCUCUGCAGAUGGAGGUGAAGCCAUACAAUGUCUAUGUCACCGUCGCCUACCCGCCUGACACAGACACACCUGGGUUUGCAGAAGAAAACAAAACAAAGCCUUUGGAAACCCGUCUUAUUUCAGAGACCACAUCUAUUUGCACACCAGAGCAAGUGGCCAAACAGAUUGUUAAAGAUGCCAUACAAGGGAAUUUUAACAGUUCCGUUGGCUCAGAUGGGUACAUGCUCUCGUCCCUGACCUGCGGAAUGUCUCCGGUCACUUCAAUUACCGAAGGGCUCCAGCAGGUGGUCACCAUGGGCCUUUUCCGUAUGAUCUCUUUGUUUUACCUUGGAAGUUUCGACAACAUAAUUCGUCGCUGCAUGAUAGAAAGAACCAAAUAUGGAACUGCAGACAAAACUGCCUAAACCUUGGGAAAAGAGUAUUUCUUAAUAAUGUGAGCAGCUUGCUGCUGGAUGGGACCCAGUGUUUGGCCCAUGGACACUUGUGUAUGGCUUUUGAAUAUGGCAGAUGGGACCAGCCGACUUUGGCAACCUGACUGCAAGCGAGGGGGUAGAGGUUCAACUCCAUAUGAUAUGAUUAAUGCUAUGCAGGCCUGGGAUUGCAGAGCAUCUGAUUCCCUGGGCGGAGAGGUGAUGACCAUAUGGGAAGUAAUAGGUGUGAGCUGGGUGGAGAUCAGGAUUCCAGAGGUGGCCAUUUAUAUUUUUUCUAGUUAUUCUUUUCUCUCCCAUGGAGAUCAAGUCCAGGAAUGUACUUCAUGACAUGUAAGAUGCUGUGAGGACUUUUUAAACCUUCUAUGAAAGGCAAGUUAUGGGUUUCUGGGGCCUUUUUUUUCUCCUCUUUAGUGUAUUUUAUUCAAGAUGUGUUUUUUACACCUUGCUGGUGAGUCUGAAUGCAUAAUCAUGUCCCUGGCUCACCGCACUGCUUGCUGGUGGACCCUCGUGGAUUCUCUCGCUCUUUGAUCCUGUAAAACUCCAAGGGGGAUGAGAGAGGGCAGGGAAGGGAAGAAAAGGGAAGGAGGUAGGCAUUUUCCAGUAGGAAAAAUAAUGCUUUCUUGUCUUCUUUAGAUUCAGAUGCUUCGGGCGCUUCUCAUUUUUCACUCAUGGGGAAAGGCAGCUUCCUAAAAUGUUUUUUGAAGAGAAAUAAAAUCUUAGAAGCUUAAACGUUUACAAUUUUUUUUCACUAGCCAUGAUGAGUGAAGUUUCAUUCCAUUGUAGUUUAUUCUGCUCAUCUCUUCCUUUCCAGUUUUGCUUAUACUCCUAAUAUUUUUGUAAAAAAAAAAAAAAAAAAGACCUGUUAAAAUUUUUUGACUUGACUUUUUCAACUCAUUCAUGAAUUCAUGAAAACAAAGAGAAAAACAAUGUGUGGCAUUCGUCUUGUAGUAUAUAUGUAGCUUUUAGGAAAGGCUGGUGAUGGCAUGUUUAAAUUUCACUCAUUAAGAAAAAGAAGUUGGACAACAAAGCUGAUUUUGAAGAUACUUGUUUUUGAAAUAAAAUGUCCGCCCCGUUUUUUCUGGGACCAGCGCCGACCCUGAGGACGUUCUCUUGGAAGGACAUGUUCAGGAAGCGCCGUCACCACUCGCACGGUUCAGCUCUGGAGACACGUGCCCCGUGAAGGCUGUUUCCAACCGCGGGCGUGUUGUUCCUUCAGUGGCUGUCCACAGUAAGUGCCUAUGAGGAGUCUUAGCCAGCGUGAGCUGCUUCAUCCUGUCACUGUGCCCCUGUGAUGAAGGACAGUCACCUUCAUCGUGUCGUGACGCCCCCUCCUCGCACAGUAUGCGUCUUCAGAGCACAUUCCAGCUCACUUGGGUGAGAGCAGACCACUGCUUUCGACGAGGAAAGCUUUUUUAUUGUUAAAAAACACACACACACACAAACUCUGAAAAAGAUUAAAGACCUAAAAAUAA